AUGCAGUACCAAAUCCUCCUUGUAGCGUCUCUGGCUGCUCUCGGCCAUGCGCAGACCAUUGUCACCUCGAGUGCGUCCUCGGUCGCAGCCUCAACCACCGAGUCGCAGGUCAUGCCUCCCGUCGCCACUGCGGCCUUCAACCCUGCUGGCAUUGAUUCUACGACUGCCUUUAACUGGUGCCAUGCCCAGCUGAACACUUGCCCCCAGAUUUGUGGUGGUGCUGCUUCGCAAAACCAGUGUGAUCAGAACAGCUUCACUUACACCUGCGUUUGCGCCAACGGCACCGUACCUGAUUGCACUGCCUUCAUCGAGACUCUUCCGUUCUACAUCUGUCAAGAAACCUACAUCCAGUGCGUCGACAACCACCCCAAUGAUGCCCAAGGACAGGCAACGUGCAGCGCGAAUGAGCAAUGUGGGACCCGUAAUGCGACUGCCGAAGCCAUUGCCCAGACGUCUGCUGCCUCUGCUCCUUCGGCAUCCUCCACCUCUGCUCCUGCGUCGUCGCAAUCCGCUUCCGCUGCCGGGUCUGGCACCAGCUCUGCUUCCGCCACCGGAUCCAGUGCCUCUGCUACCGGUGGUGCUGCGAUUGCCCUCCCUCAGCAGGUGGCCACUGGUGCCUUUGCCGCUGUUCUAAUCGCCGUCUUCAAGCUAUUGGUCUAG